AUGCCUAGCAGACCAUCUAGCAGGUCUUCUACCAGGCCAUCUAUCGCCUACCUGGAGGAUCUAAGCCCACCCGACGCCGAGCAGCUAACUUCGCUGCUCAACAAGAACCCACAGUGCCCAACAACGGACGAAUGGUGGCUCAAGAACCAAGAGAAAAUGAUAGAGGACUUCCCCAAGCCCCUGCUUAGGGAUAAGGGGCUCCUCCCGCGAUUGACUAUGUCACUACCAUUUACACCCAAGGGAGCUUUCCUUUGCCCAACCCACAAACCGCUCAAUCCAUACCUGAUCCGUCGCAUUUUCCUCCAGGUAUCCGCCGAGGUGACGAUGCGGGUGAAGCGUAUUGCGGAGAGACGCGAUCUCCCCACAGAAGUAUCGGCUUGCAUCAAGAGACUGCAGAGCGUCAAUAGCUUAUGGAUGUCGCCGACAUUUUAUCAAGUCAGCUUUCCUAGCACGCCAGCAGAUCAACGCUUUGAACAAGUGCCUGAUGGCUGCGAGGCUUGCAUCCUGGGCUCGAUCGGAGGGAACUAUCAGGUUCUUGCGGACUUGAGAACCUCGCUCCAGAGUCGCAGGAAGAAGGGAUGUCCCGAGCCACGGCUUUUGAAGAUUGUCGAUAUAUGGAUCAAUUGGACGACGCGCAGUGAGGAGAUUUAUAGCGACAGUGAUGUCCUGGGGAAGCAGAUGAGAGGUAUAAGAAGGGAAAUGCAGCAAGAAAAGAGGCAGCGCAAAGAGGAGGAGAGGAUUAAUUCCAGCAGGACUUCCAGCCGGAACUCCAGCAGGACUUCUACUAGUAGGAAUUCCACUAGGAAGAGCAAAAGCUCGACGCCAUAUAGAUCUUCCAAUUCUCCUUCUAUUGCUAGCAUUAGGGUUGUUGACGUCGACGACGCCGAAGGAAAGAGGGCCGAUCCGAGAACAGAGCAUGAUUUCGAGCACUCCAUCAUCGACUUCUACGCCGAUAUGAUGUCGAAAGCAGACCUGCCUCAAGGUGCCGAUCCGUCUGAGUGUCUGCAUCCUGCUUUCCAAGGCUCGGUACCUGCCCCAGAUAUCCCACGAAGCGGUCCUGCUGCAGCUGCUGCAUACUCGGAAAGUGUAUACAGCCGCGAUGAGAACGGCGUGCCUAACGGCUCUGUAAUUGACAGAGGCCGAACCGCUCAGGAACGUGCUCGCGCCUUUCGAGACUUAACUGGUGAAAAUUACAAAACACCUUUGGCUCGCCAAGGCCAGCCGUUCUCCAGAUCCAGGCCGGGAGGUGAUCCUCGAAGACGUCCACCAAGCCCGGACGAAUCAAGAGUGACGGAAAUGGGAGACUUCUUUUAG